AUGUUGGUCGCAGAUACAAUAGCACUCCGGGACGUCCAGCUCAUAGCUCCAUCCGCUGUUAGACUUGGAGACACAGUUCAGCUAGGCUGCAAGUGGACGUUAGAGGGGAACGAAACGCUGUACAGCGUCAAGUGGUACAGAGGCAGGCAGGAGUUCUUCAGCUUCCUGCCCAAAGAAUACCCGUUUACCAGGAUCUUCGCGCAGCCUGGAAUUGACGUGGACGUGUCCCGUUCGACGUCGCAACAAGUCGUGUUGCGGGAUGCGACGCGCGCUUUAGCGGGACGGUACCGAUGUGAAGUGUCAGCGGACGCGCCAUCUUUCCAUACGCAAGUCCGCUCCGCUUUCAUACACGUCGUUGUCGAACAGUUCCUUCAACUGCGUAAGGGAGCUGGUCGGCUGGCCAGCGGUUACUUGAACUGCGGUACAAAAUUUGGUUUAGACGGAUCUGACUAG